CAGGCUCCUCCCCUGAACUUGUUGGCGGGAGACUGGUCGAGGGAAUAGGGGUAGUGAGGAAUGCCAAUAUGGAAAGCAAACGGAAGGCUUCUGUGGGGGAGCCUACUCUUUCCCAGCGGAAGAAGUCACGAGGAGGUGAUUGGGAGGAGGAUGGCCCCUCACAGUUUGAAGAGGAACUGGCUUUUUUGGAUGAGGUAGAGGCUGAGAUGGCUCUGGAGGCGAAGGAAGCACAGUUGGUACCUGAUGUCAUCUCCUUUGGUAAUCUCUUCUCAUCAGUGCAGAAUCCAAAAUGGCAGAGACCACCGCCUCCCAAAAUUAACCCGAAAGAGGAAGCUCUGUGUUUCCAGCAAGUGGAACUGGAUUAUUAUGUGGGUGCUCACCUCCCUGGCUUCCCAGGAGCCACCCAGGGUCCAGUUCCUGUCCUGCGGAUGUUUGGAGUCACUGGAGCUGGCAACAGUAUCUGCUGCCACAUCCAUGGCUUUGCCCCCUAUUUCUAUGUGCCCGCCCAGGCUGGAUUCCAAGCAGAGCACCUGGCUGACUUUCAGCGGGAGCUGAAUGCGGCUGUCAUCCGGGACAUGCGAUCCAACAAAGAUGGUCUGACCCAAGUUGUUCUGGCAGUGGAGAUCUGCAACAAGCAAAACAUGUACGGCUACCACGGGCAACAUCUUGCACCCUUCCUGAAAAUCACUAUGGCGAUGCCCCGGCUAAUUGCACCAGCCAAGAGGUUGCUGGAACAGGGACUACGCUGUGGGACGCUGGGAGUGCUCCACUAUCAAGCCUACGAAUCCAACAUUGACUUUGAAAUCAGGUUCAUGGUGGACCGGGAUGUUGUUGGCUGCAACUGGAUUGAACUGCCUGCUGGAAAGUAUCGCCUGCGACAAGAACAGCCUGCUGGAGAAUCCAGCAAGGAUAACCCACCCAAGGUGUCGCUGUGUCAACUGGAGGCUGAUAUCGCCUGGACGGAUUUCGUGAGCCACCCACCCGAGGGAGAGUGGCAGCGCAUUGCCCCCUUGCGUGUGCUCAGUUUCGACAUUGAAUGUGCUGGACGCAAAGGUAUUUUCCCCGAACCGGAGAAGGACCCAGUGAUCCAGAUCGCCAAUAUGGUCCUCCGCCAGGGGGAGAAGGACCCUUUUGUGCGCAAUGUCUUCACCUUGCAGAGCUGUGCCCCUAUCGUGGGCUCCCAGGUGCUCUGCUUCCAAAAGGAGGCGGAGCUGCUCAAGGCCUGGGCAGAAUUCAUACGAACAGUGGACCCAGACAUCAUCACUGGUUACAACAUCCAGAACUUUGACCUCCCGUACCUCAUCACCCGUGCCCAGACCCUCAAGGUUUCCACAUUUCCCUUUCUGGGCCGUAUUCCUGCACGUAAGUCCGUCAUCCGUGACUCUUCCUUCCAGUCCAAGCAGAUGGGCCGACGAGAGAAUAAAGUCAUUAACAUGGAAGGCAGAAUCCAGUUUGAUCUGCUUCAGGUAUUGCUGCGGGAUUACAAACUGCGCUCCUACACGCUGAAUGCUGUCAGCUACCACUUUUUGCAAGAGCAGAAGGAAGACGUACAACACUCUAUCAUCACAGAUUUGCAGAAUGGCUCGGACCAGUCCCGUCGGCGACUCGCUGUGUACUGCCUCAAGGACGCCUACCUGCCCCUGCGGCUUUUGGAGAAGCUCAUGUGUGUCAUCAACUACAUGGAGAUGGCCAGAGUGACAGGUGUCCCUCUCAGCUAUCUUCUGGCGCGUGGCCAGCAAAUCAAGGUUGUCUCCCAGCUCCUGCGGCAGGCCAUGAAGCAGAAUCUGGUUAUGCCAGUGGUGAAGUCAGAAGGCGGGGAAGACUAUGCUGGAGCUACUGUCAUUGAACCUCUGAAAGGAUAUUACGACGUGCCCAUAGCGACCUUGGACUUCUCCUCCCUGUACCCUUCCAUCAUGAUGGCUCACAACCUGUGCUAUACCACACUGCUGCAACCGGGGGCGGUUGAGCGCUAUGGGCUUUCGGCAGAGCAGUUCAUCCGCACCCCGACUGGGGACCAUUUUGUGAAGGAGUCCGUCCGCAAAGGGCUGCUGCCUGAGAUCUUGGAGAACCUCCUGGCUGCCCGCAAGAGGGCCAAGGGAGAGCUGAAGCAGGAGACGGACCCAUUCAAGCGCCAAGUGCUGGACGGACGGCAGCUGGCGCUCAAGGUCAGCGCCAACUCUGUGUACGGCUUCACUGGAGCCCAAGUGGGCAAGCUGCCUUGCCUUGAGAUAUCUCAGAGCGUGACUGGGUUUGGGCGUCAGAUGAUUGAGAAGACGAAGCAGCUGGUGGAAUCCAAGUACACAAUCGCCAACGGUUACAGUUCUGACGCCAAGGUAGUAUAUGGGGACACAGACUCCGUCAUGUGCCGCUUGGGUGUGCCGUCAGUCGCCGAGGCCAUGGAGAUAGGCAGGGACGCAGCUGCCUGGGUCUCCAGCCAUUUCAUUCCCCCCAUCAAGCUGGAGUUUGAGAAGGUAUACUUCCCCUAUCUCCUGAUCAACAAGAAACGCUAUGCUGGCCUCUAUUUCUCUUCCAAUCCUGACACCCACGACAAGAUGGACUGUAAGGGCAUUGAGACUGUGCGCCGAGACAACUGCCCCCUAGUGGCAAACCUCAUCAACACCUGCCUGCAGAAGCUGCUCAUAGAUAGGGACCCUACAGGUGCCGUGGCCCAUGCCAAGGAGGUGAUCUCCGAUCUGCUUUGCAACAGAGUUGACAUCUCACAGCUGGUGAUCACCAAGGAACUGACACGUACAGCGGAUGAAUACGCAGGUCGCCAGGCUCAUGUGGAGCUGGCCGAGCGGAUGCGCCGGCGGGAUCCUGGCAGCGCUCCCAACCUGGGGGACCGGGUUCCGUAUGUCAUUAUCGGCGCUGCCAAAGGCGUAGCGGCUUACAUGAAAUCUGAGGAUCCCAUCUACGUGCUGGAGAAUAACCUGCCCAUCGACACGCAGUACUACCUGGAGCAGCAGCUUGCCAAGCCCCUCCUGCGCAUCUUCGAGCCCAUCUUGGGAGAGGGCAAGGCGCAGAACGUCUUGCUGAAGGGGGAACACACUCGCUGCAAAACAGUCCUGACAGCCAAAGUCGGAGGGCUCAUGGCUUUUGCUACUAAACGAAGCACCUGCAUCGGUUGCCGGGCUGUGCUCAACCACCAUGGUGCUGUGUGCAAGUUUUGCCUGGGCCGCCAGUCUGAGCUUUACCAGAAGGAGGUGACCCACCUGAGCUCUCUGGAGGAGAAGUUCUCGCGCUUGUGGACGCAGUGCCAGCGGUGCCAGGGAAGCCUGCACGAGGAUGUGCUGUGUACCAGCCGCGACUGCCCCAUCUUUUACAUGAGGAAGAAAGUGCAGAAGGACCUUGAUGACCAGGAAGUGCUAAUCUCACGCUUUGGCCCUCCCACGUGGUGAUACCUCUUUGCCUUCCGUUCAUCCGACUGAAACCCACCACCACCCAUUAUUCUCUUUUAAAGGCGCAGCAAAGCCUGGUUAUGCUGCAGGGAAAAUUGCUCCUUCCCCUUGCCCAGUUCUGCUCUGGGCAUCGCUUCUGUCGCCAGGAUCAAUGGCCGAUACCAUCAGGAAAGCUCCCUUGAGAUAAUUGCGGGGACUACGUUUUGUAUGAAUUUCUACCAAUAAAGAUUUCUUCUUUUUCU